AACAGCUUCAGUGAGCAGCGAGCUGCGGGCGUGAGCGAGUCGCGCGGGGCCAUCACGGGCGUGCGCCCAGCUGUGUGUGUGUGAGAGUGAGAGAGAGAGAGAGAGGAAGAGAGGGAGGGGGUGGGGGAGAGAGAUAGUGUGGGGGACAGAUAGCAGGGUGGGCGCGCAGGUGCAGGUGCCAAGCAGAACGCGCAGGGCAGAGGACGCGCGCCGCUGCAGCUGUGACGACUGCAGCGUCCGACAGCUGCGCAGCUGCGCUCUGAUCGUUCUGGCUGGACAACGGCAGUCUUUCGUCGUGCCAAUCGUCCUCCAAAAAAAAAACGUCAACCAGUUAUGGAUAGCAGUGACGGCACCACAAAGCACCGCUGGGUGUGCCCAAGUGACCGUCACCUGGCACUGCGAGCCAAACUACGGACUGGCUGGUCGGUGAAGACACAGCCACUAGAAAUUCUUCCUAAGGCUCAGGAACCAACUGUUCUUGACGAAUCAGAACAGGCCAUGAUUCUUGAUGUAAUUAGAAGAGCAGAACACAUUGAUCUCACUGAGCAAGAACGAGUUGGCCGGCUGGUGGACCGAGUUGACAACAUGAAACGCAAUGCUAUGGGGAAUGGAGCAAAUCAGUGUAUUUUAUGUGGUACAAAGUUCGGAUUUUUGGGAUCAACAAGUUAUCUGUGUCAUGAUUGUCAGAAGUUUGUUUGCUCAAAAUGCAGUAUUGAGACAUGCUCCUCCUCAUCAUCGAAAGAACAAAUUUGGCUCUGCAAGAUAUGUUCAGAAACUCGUGAAAUGUGGAAAAAGUCUGGUGCUUGGUUUUUCAAAGGUUUGCCAAAGUACAUUCUUCCAGAAAAAAGUGCAGUUAGAACCAGACAGAACAUGCACCUUAAUCCUGUAGGACAACGUCCCUCUACAAGCUUCAGCAGUAAUUGGAUUAAACAAGCAGCAGGGGGUGAGACCGAAAACGAUAGCAGCUCUGAAGAUGAGCUGAUGCGUAGGUCAAGACUAAAUACUGGAGCCAGUAUAGCAAGUGCAGCAAGUGGAGUAAGUGCUACAAGUGCAGUAAGUGGUCUGAGUGCAGCAAGCGGAGCAAGUGCUAUAAGUGCAACAAGUUCACAGAGCAGUGUUAGUGCUUCAAUGAGUGGGAGUACAGUGAAAGCAGCAAUUGGAAACAAUAACACAACCUUUGGAAGGGACAGUUUUAGUAGAAAGUCCAGUCAUACGAAAACCUUCCACAGUCCACCAGCAAUAGGAGAAAGUGGACCAACAACUACAGCAACAAGCACUAAAACUUUGUCCUUCCCUGUGCCUGACAAGGUUGAUUCUCCCAUUCAAAGUAGUUCCCAAAACUCACACCGAAAUAAUUUUGGGUUAAAUAUAGUGGAUGCGGCUGCUGACGAAAAUUCUUACCCAACACAUUGUCAACCCGUGACCCUGCACGGUAGCCCUCAAGAGUCACACCAUCGCAGUUCACCUGCACCAAAUACUUGGCACAACAAUUCUCAGCGCACUUACUCCUUUCGACGCCUCCCAGGUUUAUCUCGCAGCUGGCGUGAUUGGCAAACUCCUCUCCUCUCUUCUGACGAAACUAGUGCCAGUUCUGAUUGCCUGCGGUUGCCCCGAAGUGUGAGUGGGCAUACUAUUGCAGCUGCCAAACCAGAUGAUAUCCCUACUCUCCUUGGUGCCCAUGGAAGUGGGUUCCUUCCAGCUCAGCUUGGAAGUGUGGAACUAUCCUUAUUAUACGAUCGCCAUUCUGGAUGUCUUCACUGCCGUCUUCUACGAGCUAUGGGACUGAAAUCAACUGAUAUCAACGGACUAGCAGACCCUUUCUGUAAGUUGAAUCUUCUACCAGCAGGCAAUAAGAACAAUAGAUUGAGAACACAAACUAUCCAUAAAACUUGUAACCCUGAGUUCAAUGAAUCUUUAACCUUUUACAAUAUAACUGAUGGUGAUAUGGCAACAAAAGCUCUUCAUGUUUUAAUACUAGAUGAUGAUAAAUAUGGCCAUGAUUUCCUUGGAGAGGCUCGGAUACAAUUGUCUGGAGUACCACCUCAACAUGCACGUCACUUUAAAGUAUUUCUUGACAAACAUUAUCCGGUCGAAGAUGAAGAGGCUGCUUGGGGAGAGGAUUUGUGGACAAGAGGUCAAAUUCUUGUCACACUCUGUUAUUCAACCAAACGUCGGGCAUUGAUAGUUGGAAUAGUGAGAUGUUUGAAUUUAACACCAAUGGAUAGCAAUGGCUCAUCAGAUCCAUUUGUUAAAUUACAGUUAAAACCUGAUCCUCAUCAUAGAAAGUAUAAAACUGGGAUUAAGUGGCAGAGUUUAAACCCACUCUACAAUGAAGAAUUUGUCUUUGACACAAAAAUGACUGAAUUACAGCAGAAAACUUUGGUAAUAACUGUGUGGGACAAGGAUCAUGGGAAGAGCAAUGACUAUUUAGGCGGUCUUGAGCUGAGUUGUCUAUCAAAAGGAGAGCGUUUGAGACACUGGGUGGAUGCUAUCAAGUUUCCAGACCACAAACAUGAGGGAUGGCACCAACUUGUAGAUACAUCACUGCCCCUGUAAUCGCAAGGGAAAUAAGCUCAGCAAUUGUUAACUUUACACUUCCAUUGUGUGAUUAAAAUUGAGUAAUGAGUUAAACAUUA